AUGCUUCCAAUCACUGCCUUCCUCGUCAUUGUGCGAACCGGAUGCGCUUUUCUAUUCAAUUCACCAACCGACAUUGCUCAUUGCUACGAGUUGGAUCUUGAAAAUUGCUUCCGUGAAGCAUUUCUGGCAGCGAUACACCCUCCAAUUCGAGGACGGCGAGCAGCUCCUCUCUUUCACUCGGCCAACAUCACCGUGCUAGACAAGCGGAAAAGCGACACGGCAAAUCUGAUGUUGUGCCACGAUGUGCGCAGGUUCUCGCUGUGCUUCCAUUACCCGGGUUGUUCGGAGCAAGUUGCAGCUGCGAUCGCUUCCGUGCAGUACCACAUGGUAUUUGGAAAGAAACUACCACUUCAUGUCUUCCUUGCUUAUAAAGGUUACGGUAGACAGGUGAGGAUUUGA